AUGUGGAACUCAAUCACCAAUUUUGUACGUAGUUGUCCAAUCUGCCAGAAAAUCAAAACCCCUUCAGGUCACAUUAUACGUGAAGAAUUAGGAACCUUCCCAAUUCCUUUACGACCUUUCGAACGUAUCCACACGGAUAUCAUUGGACCCCUUCCUCAAUGUAUUAAUGGAAACAGAUUUAUUUCUAUAACAGUCUGUGCAUUUAGCAAACUAACAAUCUGUACUCCAAUUCCUAACCAAACAACAGAUAUUGUGGUAAAAGCACUAAUCAACGAUGUCAUAGCCAAGCAUGGAAUUCCUAACGAAAUAGUAUCUGACCGUGGUUCUAAUUAUACAAGCGAAGUAUUUUCACAGAUUAACAAGAUCUUAGGAAUAUCUAACAAGUUAACAACAAGUUACAACCACAAAGCAAAUGGGCAAGUCGAAAGAAUGGUAAAAGUAAUCACAGAUUCUGUCACCGCAUAUUGUUCAGAUGCUAAAGAUCUGUGGUCAGACUUUCUCCAACCUAUCGUCUUUGCUUAUAACACCACCAUAAACGGCACUACAGGAUACAGCCCAUUUUUCGUUGCAUAUGGAAGACAUCCAAUCACUUGGAGUGAUAUCGUCCAUCAAUUGCCAACCACCAUAUCUUACGCCACCGAUAGUUUUGCAGACCAAUUCAGCACUGCCCUGCAAACCACAAUCAUCGAAGUCGGAGACCAAAUUGCCAAACAAACAGCAAAGUAUAAAUCAGGUCACGACUUUCGCAACAAAGUUUUCUUUAAGGACGUUUCCAUUGGAGAUCUUGUCCUAUUACGUGACGAUACCGUUCGUCCCAAAUUCACUCACGAAUGGAAAGGCCCUUUCAAAGUUGAACAAAUUUCUCGUCCUAAUGUCACCAUCGUCAAUCUGAUCGGUCGUCAGGAACGACAACUUAUUCAUAUUAAUAGAUUGAAAAUUUAUUUUCCUCGUUCUUCGUCCGCUAAUGUUUCCACCUCUAAACAAAUACUACAUUCAUCAACAAAUAUCCAAAAGGAAACAUCAGAUGACUCAGAACACAACUUACGACGAUCACACCGCCUUCACUUGAAACGUAAACCUUUCAGCACUCACCCUUUCCAGCAAGAGAAUUAA